UAGUGUAGUUUUUAUAGCAUUCAUCACAGAACACAGUAUUCAUUGCGAACGCGAUUUCAUUACUAAACGGUUGCUUAUUGAGCAAGCUUAUUUUUUUAAAUUUUAUAACAUGUUUUCGUGUCAAUGAUAUUGAUAAUACAACAUUAGUGUACAACAGGUUACAAGUUUUUUUUAAAGUGUCGUAAUAAAGAACCAAAAAUGAGUGCCAAAAAAGGAUAUGAAACGAAGAUUGUCGAGGAAGAAAACAUGGAUUCCGGAAUUGUGUCUGGUGAAUUGGAAUCUUAUGAGAUUUCGGGUGAAGUGGAUUCGGGCGUGAUUGAUUGUGAUAAGAAAUACGAAGGGGUUCCAAGUGAGGUGUUGGAAUUGACGGACAAGUUCAAAAGUGUAAAUGUGAGAGAGAAGAGCUGUCCUGAUGUUCCACCACUGGCGGACCUGUUCCACCCUGACAACGACGGAGAUACACAACUACACAUUGCAUCGGUACACGGCUGCGAGAAAUCAGUGAGCACGAUCAUCAGGGUGUGCCCUGACAAGGAGUGGCUGGACCUGCCCAACGACUACGGCCACACGCCCCUCCACCUCGCGGUGAUGAGCGGCAAUGCCGUGGUGACAAGGAUGCUGGUGAUAGCCGGCGCUUCGCUCGCUAUUCGCGACUUCAUGGGAGAGACGCCCUUACACAAGGCGACCGCAGCGCGAAACCAGGAGUGUCUCAAAGCCCUGCUUGCCCCUGUACCGGAACAGCCCAAUAGGAAAUUGUCUUCAAUACUCGACCAGAGGAACUAUAACGGUCAAUGUUGUGUCCACCUGGCGGCGUCAAUUGGAAGCGUAGAGACGCUACAGACCCUGGUCUACUACGGAGCCGAUAUCAAUGCCAGGGAGAACCUGGCGGGCUGGACGGCGCUGCACAUCGCGGCGCGGCGCGGCGACGUGCGCGUGGUGCAGUUCCUGCGGUCGCGCUGCGCCGGCGCGGCGACGCGGCCGCGGGACUACGCCGGCCGCACGCCGCGCCGCCUCGCGCGCCGCACCAAGGCCGCCGCCGCCUUCGACGACAAGGACGACAGCGACUCCGACUCCGACUCGGACGAUGAUGAUAUGUACGACAGUGAUAGCGAGACGUUGUUCGAAAAACUCCGCGAGAGCCUGAGCACGUCGAUCAACGUCGCCUGAGAGCCGCCGCGACCCCCUAGGAUAAUUACACGGCAUGUACGGCCCAUCGCCACUGACGCCUCGCCAAUACGGACACACGCACGACUCCCGGGCUGAUGGGGAGUAGGCAGAAGCGCAACCGGUCGCCGAGGUUGUGCCCAUUACCAUAUCGAGUGUGACUUCGUCAACAAGUCGAGUGUUUUUCUCGUGAAUCAACCGGCGUAUUAACACUUAUUUACUGUGCUGCUCGGCACCACGUCUGAUGGCUUCCUGUGCGAUGGACCCUUCAGACACUAACAGAAGAUUGGCGAGGCGCCACAGAUGCGAUGGCCUGCAAACGUCUCAGAAGCAAAUGUAUAUGUAUCGAAUUAUGUACUCCUAUAUCUAUUUUUUCAGUUUCUGUUACUUUAUAAAUUGGCCAGCGAGAAUCAGUUUAAAGUGUAAUUAAAAUUAAAUCUGUAAUUGUUUCUUUUAGUUAUAAACUUUAGUGUCAUAAUACUUUUCAUAUUAAAUGUAUAAAUAAAUCUAUUAUGCUGCCAUUUUUUAUAUUUUAAAAACAAAAAUGUAUGGUACGUUUUUUAUACUCAACUUUAAGUCCGAAUAAUCUUAGAGCCUACUAUGAUUCUCGCGGCCUCAAAUGUCUUAAUGUUAUGUUACUUCUCUGUUUCAAAUCAAAUGUAGGAUGUUUCUAUGUUAGGUAUAUAUUUAUGAUACUGGCAAGGUUAUUGAAAUCUCUGACCUUAGCUGUCUGUAUAUAUUAUUAUAUGUGUAUAUAAUAGUAGUUUAUCUAUCGCUUUAAACGCUUUGCUCUGAGACGUGUGCUAGAUGUGCUUAGUCCCUUCAGAACAGGACGAAACCGACUUUGUCACUUCCGACAGCUGCAGACGGUUUCGAUGUUUUCAAUGGACUAGCUGAGGAACUGUUUCGUGCCACUACAAUUUCAAAUACACGGAUACUAAAAGCGAUAGAUAAACGUUUGACGUGAAGUGGUAUUGUAAGAACAGAAUAAUCUCUUACUAGGACAAAACUCCUAAGUUUGCGAUUAAUAAAUGAAUUUCCGCACAUCGCAGCUCUACUGCGGUAAAUAUGUAAUUUUAUGGGAUAAAGCCGCCAUUUUGCGAUAAAUUUUGUAUUGAAAAUCAAAAGUCGCAAUAUGGUCGAGAGUAACUGAAAUGUCCCUUAUGCUGUACUGAGAGCAUGUAAGAAACGGGUAAGACAGGGCGGCCGCGGUUGCUGCGAGCCGACGCCGUCGCUAGUUGUUAUUGUUGAUUGUUGUCUAAAGCGGGUGUCGACCGAGAGCUGUGCCUAGUUACGGAGCUGUGGACACAACUAGAUAUAAAUGUAAAAUGGUCACAGCUAACGAGUUGUAACUCGGCUGAGCUGUCGGUCGACCGGUUUAGUGUAGCUCCCUCGCGCCGGCAUGGAGAUGUCCGCGGCGACGGGAGCAGACUGUUGUACGUCUUCCUAUGUGUUACUGCAAUGUACAUACCGUCAUGUGUCACAAUUACGCUUACUUAUAAAUAUUGUUUAGUCAUAGUUAAGUAAAUUAAAGUGUUUUAUGUUUCAAUUUACGAUUACUUUCCUUUAUCUCUUACACUACCCUAUGAGACAACAUUUAUAAGUGAGUGUUUAUGUCGAGACGAAAUGUGAUGACAAACUUCACGGUGGUGCCGCUUGUUGCGUGUUGUGUCAGAUACACCGCCGUCACACAUGCGUCUCGACAUCGGGUCGGUUGGUAACAACCUCAAACUUACCGAGUCCGCGACAUUUCGCUAUGAUUAAUACGUCACAUAUGACGUCAUAAGAUUACCGCUGUGGAUGACCGCAGUACUACUCACUACACAACAUUAAAUGACAAAUUUUAACAUAGAAAAAAAUGAUAAAAUAAAUUCUCCUUGCCCUAACUUUCAAAAGAAAGCAGCGGUUAAGGACAUUGACUGGUAGGCAUAUUUUGAGGCUGUCUGUGUUUCUCAAAACCAUCCAGUUUUACACUUUUUUUUUUCAUAUGGGAAGGGAAAUUGAGAAUGUGAGGGACAUUUCGUCAUAUAUUGCCCGUCGUUCCAAUUUGGAAUGGUGUUUUAUAAUUAUAAGUUAUUAAUGAUUUGGGUUUCCGUUGCACUGUCCAAUUAUCGACGAAUAUUGAAGUGCGGCAGUCACUUCUGAUGGUGUGAUUGGAGCUCUGCAAUGAGUUUAUUUUUUAAUAAUUUUAACCUAUCUGCCGUAAACUUAAAUUUGUCACAUAAAAUAAGGCUGGUCAUUAACAGAUCUGAAGUCACGAUACACAAACUGCAAACACGUGAAAAAUUCUCGGGUACAAUAAGAGCUCACCGAUUAAGAGACCACGUGACUCGACUCGAUCAAUUUUGAAUGUCCGCCUCAAAGUAAAAAUUACUGUUUUACCAACACAAAUAUCUACACCAGAACAUUCUAAAUAACAUAGACUUACCACACCGAGCUCUCAACAUUUGCGGCAGGUGAUAAUUAUCUAUAUAUUAUAAUAGGUACAUAUAUACCUAGUGUUGAAAUAUAGCACCGUGACUCAAUAGUUAGCCAAAUAUAUCAUAAAUAAACGAAUUAACAAAAAUUAGGUCCGCCUAAAAACAAGUCAAAUGUAAAAAAUGUUGUAGAAAUAGAACCCAACGACUUUGAGUCGCGGUGUCGUUUAGCACUAAGCAUAGGGUUUGUUUUAUAUAAUUUAUAUAUGUCCGGUAGUAUAGACUGAACUGCGUUGUCACUGUAUACAUUGUGUCAGUUUAGAAUAUAUUUCAUUAUACGACAAU